CGGCAAUAUAUCAAUGGCCAAUUAACAUUGCAUACGUUUUACAUGAAUACAUAAAUAUAUAUAUAUACAUAUAUAUAUAUUAUGUAUAUAACACGCUAAUCUUUUAUCUGUCAUAUCGAUUGAAAAUUGUGUUGUUUAAUGUCGACAAAAUUUAUACGACGUAUUUAAAUUUUUCAUCGUAUCUUUCGAAUUCUUCAAACUAUCAUGGCGACGUUACAUAAAAUUGGUACUAAAUCCGAAACGAGAAUGAACGGACAAUCGAAACCAUAUCUUGAAGAAAUUGCUGCGAGUAUAGAAGAACGUCAUUGCGAUUUAACGGGACGUCAUAGAUAUCUAAGGGAAAAAAUCACGACGAUGGAGAGAUCAAUACCGGCCCUUAUGGCGUACAACAUGUGGAAAUCCGGGAAGACCUGCGACGAUCCACCAUUUUGCAAAAUUCGCGAAAUCAUGAACAAGCUAUCGCCCGACUUAGAUCCAACCGAAAAGCUACUUCGUAAUUUAAAGAGCACCGUCAAGGAUCUCAAUAUGGAGACGACGGAGUUGCACGACAAAAUUAUCGACGCCGACGUUAAAUUGGAGGAAACCGAUAUAGAAUUGGAAUCCCUCGAAUUGGCGAAUAAGGAGAUGAACGAUCAAGCUGACAAAAUUGAAAAGGAAAUUCGUUGUUAUCAAUGUACGAGCUUACAGUCGAUUAAUUCGGAUGAUGUCAUUUGUUUGACGAAAAUACAUCAGUUAGCUAAGGACGAGUUAGAAUUAAAAAAUUGUAUAAAACAAUUGGAAGAAAAGGAGAUUCUUUAUGUUGAACAAUUGGAUCGUUUGCUAGCUUCGAAAGAAUUUCAAAAUAUUUCUGGUAACAACAAGAUGCUUAAACGCAUUCAAGAUCUCGAGAUUAACGAGAGGAAGAUGUAUUGCGCGUUGCAAUUUUACAAAAACAAUAUACAACAAUUAAAGAAGGAACUCGUGCGGAAAAAGAGUGAAAUUGUCCAAAGGCACCUUGCGAUUUUGAGAUCACGUCUGAUAACUCUUAUUCAUUAUCUUGCAAUAAAUGUCGUUUAUCAGAGAUUAAAAAUGAAUGUAGGUGCAAUUGCAAAGGAAAAUGUGCCUAUGGAUUAUCUAAUGUACCGUGCAAAUGUGGAGCUGGGCCAUUAUGUCCAUUGGACAAAGGAUAUAAACCGGUAGCUGAAUCAUCAUUAUCUAUUCCCAUGAACAAUAGUGACACCGACGAAGAAUAUUGCGAAUGUUGUUCUUGCGGUUGUGAGGACAAUGACGAUAACUCCACCUUUUCUUGCAAUUAAAUAUCAAUCAACCAUUUUAUAAUGUAAUUACAUUGUUCGACGCUAUAUAUACAUACAUACACACUUAUAUAUAUAUAUAUAUAUAUAUAUAUAUUUAUA